AUGUCGCCGUCGCCGAGCUUCGAUCCCUCCCUAUUCCAUGCAGCUUGUGAUGCGCCGCGAAAAUCGUCCCAUGCCGCUGCUCCUGCUGGGGCGCCAGCCUCACUGAUUCGCCUCACGGUCGUUGCUGCGGCCCUCCUCCUCCUCCACUUCACUGCUGCUGGUGAGUCUGUUCUUGAGCUGAGUUCGUCUCUUUUCAUCUCCUCCUCUUCGUCGUCUUUCUUCCUUGCUCCCCCCACCCACCAUCCGUUCCCCACUCCUUGUGCUCCGCCAACGCCCGGUCAGCAGCCGUCCCCAAUCCGCCCACCUCUCUCCUCCUCCCCUCCCUUUUCCUCCUCCCUCUCCUCCCCUCCCUCUUCCUCCUCCCUCUCCUCCCCUCCCUCUUCCUCCUCCCUCUCCUCCCCUCCCUCUUCCUCCUCCCUCUCCUCCCCUCCCUUUUUCUCCUCCAUCUCUGGUGCAUCGACGCUGCCAAGUGGCGGCGCAUCAGUGGUCACACUGCUUGUAAAUGCGGCCAAUGGGACGCUCGCAUUCGCCCUCCCCUGGGCGCAGGGGGCAGGGGAGAACGUGCAGGCGGGGAUAUACACUGUCGGCGAUAUGCUCAAUGCGUCGUCCCCUCGUCUCGUCCUUCCACUCAUGGGCAUCACUGCCAACUCUACCCCUCCUGCUGCUGCCUCUGCCACACGUGCCACGUCAGCAUCCUCCUCGUCCUCUCCCCUUGAUCCCUUAACUGCAGCAGCAGCAGGUGUGGCUGGUGUAUUGGGGGGGCUAGGAACAUCUGCUGCAGGUGUAACGGCAGGCCCGGGUGUAACAACAGAACCAGGUGUUUCUUCAGGUGCCACAGCAGGACCCCAAGUCACUGCAGGGGCAACAGGAGCAGCCAGGGCAACAGGGGCAGGGGAAGGCUUGGGAGCAACUGCAGCAAGCACAGCACCAGGGACACAAGCACCACGCAGGGGUUUGUCUGGAUCCGUGUCAAAUCCUGUAGCUGCAGCAGCAGGGGCAGCACAGGGGGCAGUGGGUGGAGCGGUGGGGGCAGUACAGGGCGUGGUGCGGAGGGGUUCGGGGUGGUUAUGGGGAGCUGUGCCGGUGCCAGGAGCAGCGCUGGUGAAUAUCCUGAGGGAUCCGGGCCAGUAUCAGCUGCGUCUUUCCGUUGGGAAUGGUGCAGAUGUGGCGUCCUUUGCUGGUCGUCUCGUGUCCGUACCUAUCGAUCUGGCUCGAAGCAUCCCCUUCCUUGGAUCGCUGAUUCCUGAACCUCCUCGGUUUCCUUCCCAGCCCAGUCUUGGCAUCCCCAACCCCCAGUCCCUUUUCUCAGGCAUCCCUGACCCCCAGUCCCUCCUCUCACUUGCGACUGCCAUUCGUGAAAGCAUCGCAUCACUCCCACAAGCUGCUUGUAAGUUAGAAUUCUCCAGACUGGCUGCUGAGGCCGACAAAUGUGCCGCCAAUUCCGCCGCCAAUCCCGCUCCUGAUCACGUGGUUGUUACCCUAGACGAGGAAAACGCGUGUUUACGCGAGUGCGCGGUUUGCUUGGGUGACUAUGACGAAGGGGAACGGAUAAAGCUGCUUCCGCCGUGCGGCCACCGCUUUCACGCGGACUGUAUUGAUCUGUGGCUGUCGUCGAAAAGCACGUGCCCGAUCUGUCGCAAAGACCUUCGUCCGGCUGCGGGACACAUGGUGGGCGGGACGAGGUGGGCAAGCGUGAGCAUGGAUAAGUGA